AUGCUUGUGGAAGAUUCUCAAACUGCUCGUGCGAUGUUAACGAAGAAAUAUGCGCACUGUCCGCUGAAGAAGCGGCCGGUGCUGGUUCGGGAGGAGCGUCCAGCGACGCCGCCCACUACACCGCCUCACCCCGCCCAUAUGGCUACACGACUUUAUUACGACUAUCAUUGUGAUAUGGAAAAUGAAGAACCAGAAAAUCUUAGUACAAAACCAGAAGAUUUAUCCAGAACCGGUAACUAUCCAAACAAAGCAACUUCACCUCUUGCGACCGCAGCUAUUAAAGUUGAACCAAAAGACUGGCCCCAACAGCAAUUGGACUAUUUAGCAACGUGUCGUGCCCGAUUGGAGCCUGUACCUACAGAAGUCGCUCGUCCUACACCACAAUACGCUUACUUACCGAGUCUCUAUCCAGCUUAUCCUUUAGAAGAGCUCUACCCCGCUGCGCCUACACUAUCGCCGCCUGCUAAUCCACAACUCUACGUUCAUUACUCGCCUGCCUCACCACCUUCUUCUUGUUCGCCACCACCUUGUCCAGAAGAUUUGCGUUCACCGGGAUCAGUCUCCUCUGACUCUGGAGUAUCUGUGUCAGCUCCACGUCGUCCUCGAUAUCAGUGUCCAGAUUGUGCAAAAUCUUAUUCAACGUACUCUGGUCUCUCGAAACAUCAACAAUAUCACUGUGCCGCGGCAGAGGGGAGUCUCGCAAGAAAAUCUUUUAGCUGCAAAUAUUGCGCUAAAGUUUACACGUCACUCGGUGCUCUUAAAAUGCACAUCAGAACACAUACUUUACCUUGCAAAUGUCACUUGUGUGGUAAAGCUUUCUCAAGACCAUGGUUACUCCAAGGACAUAUUCGUACCCAUACCGGGGAAAAACCUUUUUCAUGUCAUCAUUGUCGUCGCGCAUUUGCUGAUAGAUCAAACUUGCGAGCCCAUUUACAAACGCACUCGGACGUCAAGAAAUAUUCAUGCACAGGUUGCGGUAAAACGUUUUCACGUAUGUCAUUGUUAAGUAAACAUUUAGAGGGUGGAUGCGGCACGCCCGGAACAUCUCCUUAUGAAUACCGUCCGGAAGCUCUACCAACUACACAUACACAUCAACAACUUCCGCCACCUGCGACAAUUCAUGCUUAC